AUGUAUCCCAACCCACAUCCACGGAAUGAACAGAAGAGGAAGAGGAUUAUCAUUAUUUACAUACUGACCGUGGCGCCCGCUCUCGUGAUCGUGGGCUCCGACAUGCGCUCGCGCAUCGUGAACAACGACAUGGCCAACCUGGUGCGGCAGUCCAUCAUCAUGGUGUCCCUCGUGUUUACCAUCAUAAAGCUAAUACUGACGGUGACACGGAAGAAAGAGCUGGGAGAACUCAUCGCUGAGAUAGACUGCGACUACGAGACGUUCAAUGACUUGCCAGAGGAACGCCGACUCAUCGUGGACAACACCAUACAAAUGACUAAAACCCUUGAGAAAAUUUGGAUUGGUAUACUGUCAGUGACGGCGUCGUCUUACCCGCUCCUGGCCUGCGCGUGCACGGUCUACUCGCAGCUGGCGUCAGUGGCUCCCACGCGGUACAUGGUGCACGAGACGGAGAUGAUCUACCUCACCGAGGAGCAGAAGUACGAGACGCCGUACUUUGAGGCGAUAUGCGUGUACUCUUUGUAUAUUGUGUGGGUCAUCUUUGUUGGAUUCGCUGGUUAUGAUGGCGUAUUCUCCGUGUGUAUAUUGCAUGUAUCCUUAAAAAUUAAACUAUUCAGCCAUAAAUUACAACAUUUAUUGGAUGACAUAGAGGAUAUCCCACAAAUAAAAGCAAAUAUUGCAAUAUUCGUGGAAGAACACUGUAAAGUUAUAAGAUUGAUAGCGAAAAUUCAAAAAUGUUUCGAAGUUUGGCUCGUAGGCAUAUUCUUCAACGCAGUGGUGCAGAUCGGGAUGGCCCUUUGUCAGAUUACGAGCAAUGCGGAAGCAGACAUAAACGCGAUGUAUUACUUCUACGCAGUAGCCACAGCGGUGCACAUUUACGUACCGUGCCACCUCGCUUCGGAUGUCACUUAUCAUGCUGCAGAAGUAGCGACUGUGGCGUACAGCAGUUCCUGGGAAUCUGUACAGGACGCAGGUGUGAAGAGAUCAAUCGCUAUCAUCAUUGCACGAGCCCAGAUCCCAAUUAAUUUCCAGGCUCUGGGCAUGCUGACCUUCAACAUGGAAAUGUUUGUGUCUGUAAGUAUUCUAUUAUAG